AUGUCAUCGUCGGACGACGACGCAGAGGUCACCAUCACAGGGCAAAAGAUCGACCCCAUCCGCGCCGCAGAGAGUAACUCGAACGUAUUCAUCGCUGUCGUCUGCGUCGUUUGGAGUCUCGCGUUCUGCACGGCGCUCGUCCGGUUCUACACAAGGGCGAUCGUGGUGAGGUCGUUUGGGAAGGAUGAUAUCUUUAUGGUGUUGGCCGUGGUAGGAGGUCUCGCCGCCUGGAUAGUAGGCUGCCACAACGGCUACGGCCAACACACCGACACCAUCCCACGAGACAGGUGGAAGAUCCUACUCGAAGCUCAGUUCUUCCAAUCCGUCAUUGAAGCCUCCUUCGCUUUUGGCUUCCUCAAAAUCUCAAUCGCCCUCUCGCUGUUACGCCUCAGCAGGGGAAAGUGGUACAAAUGGAUACUCUGGGGCCUGAUCACGUUCACCGUCUUCUACACAUUGUUCGCCUUCAUCACUUUCAUGACGAGAUGUCAACCGGUUUCAGGGCAGUGGAAUCCGGACAUCAAGCCAAAGUGUUAUGGAAAGGUCAUGUAUAGGAAUUUCGGACUGUUCAACACGGCAUGCAACAUCUUUACCGACCUGUCAUUUGCCACGCUGCCGAUUCCACUCAUUUGGAGCCUGCAGCUGCAGAGGAGGCUCCGGAUUUAUUUGAUUGCUAUUCUGAGUGGCGGCUACUUUGGUAGCGCUGUUGGUCUGGGGAUAGCGAAAGGAAUCUACAUCAUCGCCUACGUCAACAACACCGACGGCACAUUCUAUCCCUACGCCCCCUUCUUCGGCUCUCUCCAACUGGACAUAGGCAUCAUCGCCGCCUGCGCCCCCACCCUCCGCCCCCUCCUCGGCCGCUUCCUCCGCCUCUCCCCCAUCGCCUACCGCGAAGCAAACUACUACCGCGCCGGCAAGGCUCUCGACCGAUUACCCCUCCACUCGCGCCACCCGGGACGAGACACGAGCAUCAACGGCAUUCGAGCCGCCUACCUCCGACAAAACACCGAGCUUGACCUCGAAGAACGACAGUUUAUUGAGCUCUUAACAGGGGAGAAGAGAGGGAAGUGGGGAAAUCAUGCCACAGCGUUGCACAUGGAGUACGUCCGCUCACCCCCGGUCAGAAGCACCAAGAUUACGAGUAGGGGGGAGACAGAGACGAUUGUUCAGGGCGGGGUUGGAGUGGCGGAUAAGGGACAGGGGAGUGAUGAUGAAAGGGAUUUGAUAUUGCCUGCAGGUUUGAGAGGCGACGAGGGGGGGUUGAGGGGGAUUGUGAAGACGACUGAGUUUAGGGUUGAGAAGUGA